AUGACGAGAGGCGAGAAGUCAGAGAAGCAGCUGGAGGCGGGUGCACCCCGGGGGCAGCAGGCGUGCACGUGCGGCGCGCAGCCCCGCGAGCAGAGCGAUCCAGCCGUGGUGCGGUGCGUGGCCCACGUGUCCGAGUACUGCCGCAGCACCAGCAUGCACGGCCUGCGAUACGUCGGCGACGUCCAGCGGCCCGCAGCGGAGAGGUUGCUGUGGCUGUUCCUGUUCGCGAUCAGCCUGGCCUUGUGCAGCAACCUGAUACGGAGAGUGUGGCUCAAGUGGGAAGAAACGCCGGUGAUCGUGACGUUAGCCGAGACGACGACGCCGGUGUGGGACGUGCCGUUCCCAGCCGUCACUAUCUGCAGCGAGACCAAGACGCAGCGGGAGCUCUUCAACUACACCGACGCCUACUACCACCAGGCCAACCUCACCCAGGACGAGCGAAAGAAGUUCUAUGACCUCUCAUUGGUGUGUGAUGAAUCAGAGGAGGGUCUGCUGGACUUCGGUGAAAACUUAACGGAUAGAAAGACAGUGGAAUUCCUCAGGCAGGUGGCUCCAGACAUGGACGAAACCAUCUACUUUUACGCUUGGCGAAACCAAUAUUCGUAUGACCCAUCCGAAAUAUUCCGCCCGCAGAUGACGGAAGAUGGCCUGUGUUUUACGUUCAACAUGCUCGAUCCAGAAGACAUAUAUUCCAAAGAAGUGGCGAGCCUGAUGAGGCGUAACGAUGGCAACGAAGAUCUGAAGAGGAGGUUGUCUGAUUGGAACGCCGAGCUUGGCUUCAAAAUCGGUUCGGGCCUGGUCACGCAUCCCGUGCGCUCGCUGGGUCCCGGACCCAUCAACGGCUUGCACGUCGUAAUGGGGGUCUACAGUCGGAACAUCGACUACAUCUGCAAGGGACCUAUACAGGGCUUCAAGGUGCUGCUGCACAGCCCGGGCGAGGUGCCGCAGACGAGCCUGCAGUUCCUGCGCGUGCCGCUGGGCCAGGACGUGAUGGUGGCCGUGCACCCGCACAUGCUCAACACCAGCGACGCGCUGCGCACCUAUGCGCCCAGCCGCCGCCAGUGCUACUUCCCGUACGAGCGCCGGCUGCGCUACUUCCGCACCUACACACAGAGGAACUGCGAGCUCGAGUGCCUGAGCAACCUCACGCAGCACCGCUGCUCCUGCGUCUCCCUCCACAUGCCUCGAACAGAAGAUACACCCAUCUGUGCGCUAGGAAGCUCCGACUGCAUGAUGAAGAGCGCAAUGGAACUUGUGGAGCGGAAAGUGCUGAUGGAGUUGCAUUCUGACGAUGCCGACACGGAUUCCGGCUCCAACGACUGCGACUGCCUCCCUUCUUGCACAGACCUCAGCUUCGACGCAGAGAUCUCCCAGGCAGACCUGGAUACAGAAGCGUACUUUCAGGCGCAGAAGAUCAACUUCGCUGAAACUGUGGGGUAUCGCAUGUCAUCGCUUAACGUGUACUUUAAGGACAACCAGUUCGUCCCAAGUCGCCGUUCCGAGUUGUAUGGAGUCACCGAUUUCAUUGCGAACUGUGGCGGUCUUUUGGGCCUCUUCAUGGGCUUCAGCGUGCUGAGCCUGGUGGAGGUCUUUUACUUCUUCAGCAUACGCAUCGGGUUCACGCAGAUGCUGCGCCGAUCUGUCCAGUAACGUGCCGCAGCCGCAUUGUGAUCUCCAGCAUCGCAGCUCGCCAUGGAGCGCACUAUGCCACACACUGCCAAUGCCAAGCACUUGUAUUUCUUGUGUUAAAU